AGGCCAUGGCCGCCUAAAGGUCAGAAGGGGGUUAAUGUAUGUUAAUGUCAUGCGGGCGACCUUUAGCAUAAUAAUCCAGUUUCGCGGUGGUUGAUCUUAUCAGUGAUUUUGGAAAAGUUAACGGUGAAAUCCCAUCGAUACACCAAGUAAACAUCAAUGAUUUAGUAGCAAGAUGACUACAAAUAUGAAAGGUAACCUGGAAGAUCUCACUCUCAGCAAUACAACCAUUCAAAGUGACAAAACAGCAAGAGCCCAGAUAGAGGUUAUACCAUGCAAAGUGUGUGGAGACAAAUCAUCAGGUGUGCAUUAUGGAGUGAUUACCUGCGAAGGAUGCAAAGUGAGUUGUCAUAGUUACAGUAUUGUAAGUUCAGAAAUACAGCGGGAAGGUGUGUGUAUAGUAUACUAUACAUAUGAUAUCUUUUAAAAUUGAUGUUGUAAA